AUGGACGCCGACGAAUCCUUGCAUGUUAUACCCGCGCCACUCGGGAAAAAGCGCAUCCCGGUACGUUUGAGCGGCACUCGGGGUUCUGAAAGCUUGCAGUGCAUGUCGGCUCUCAAAGUAUGCAUUGGCAAGGUACUGAUUCAAAACUUGAUAUACAGAUGCCAGAAGCUUGAGAAACAAUGCGUCUUCUUCGAGAUUCCUAAAGAUCCAGUGGCAGAGAGAAUCGAAGGCGUCGAGUCUGAGGUUCAACAUCUCAGAGUACAAUUAGAUGAGAUACGACAGCUACUAGAACAAAGCCGUGCACACUCAGCAAUUGAUUCCCGGCAGACUACGCCCCCGCAACAGCACUGGGAGUAUCAACAGCAAGCUCGUCGCGGGAGUGCCUGCACUUCAUCAUAUUCCCACCACGCUCCUCCACAGGAGAAUGCUGUUACUCUUACUAUUGUGGAGUCCAACGGGUAUGUGAAUGGACAGGAGUACCAAAGAUCCUUGCCGGAGCUAUCUCCGAAUGGCGUUUCGGGGCAGUCAGCGUACGAGCCAUCUCAUGCCGAUAAUUCGCGAUCUCUCAAACGAAAACGCUCUUGUUUUGAGAUUCGAGGGGAGACCGUUGCGGACUUCAUUGAUAAAGGGCUGAUAACCCCAGAAUGCGCGUAUUCCUGCUUCAAUACGUUCUUUCAAGGCUGCGAUAGAUAUAUCCCGAUAUUCGACCCUGAACACGACACAUUUGACUCGAUACGAUCUCGGAGCAGUAUUUUGCUUAAUGCCAUCUGUACUAUUGGCUGCAUGGUUGAAACAAGUCACACAUUCUCACUACUUGCACCAGGAACUGGCGGUCCAAUGUCUGACAUGCUCCACGCAGAGCUAAAAAAAUGGAUCAACGUCAUAAUCCAGAAUAAAGCAUUAAAUUGUCUUGAAUCAGUUCAAGCAAUGCUCGUUGUUGCUUGCUACUCAGCUGACCGUCUGCUCAUUCUAUCAUUUGCUACUCGAAUGGCUCUCGACCUCGGUUUGCAUGAAGCUUUUGAAGAGGUCACCGAGCGACUAGCGAUGAAAAAUGAUGGGGACAUAUACAGCGGUCCCGAUCAUGUUUUUGAAAGAGAACGUGUCUUGAUGAGAAAGUCGAGAACUUGGUUUGGACUUUUGGUUUUGGAGCAUAUAUUCCGUGUCGAUGGAGGGAAACCACCUGGUAUACGGUUGAUAGGUAAUUCUCGAAGGUGUCGGAUCUUGUUGAGCCAUCCGUCAUCGACAAUUUUGGAUCUGCGUCUCUUUUCUCAGGUUGAGCUUAACAUCCUUAGGGGUAAGAAUAAUCUUUUUUCUUGGCGCCGAGAAUGUCGACCUAACACAUUCUCAGCAACAAUCAAUGAUACGUUGGUUGUGGGAACAAAUUUGGACAGACUUGCGAUAACCGACUUUGUCCACGAGAUGAAGAUUGAUCUUGAUCUCUGGUUCGAUGACUGGCUACGCAUAAUUGAGGGAUCCAUCUCGGCACAAAAAGAGAAACCGUAUUUACUCGUUGCGCUACGGGUUCAAAAAUGCUGGGCAGAAAUGAUGCUCAACUGUAAAGCCCUCCGAACAAUGGGCGUUGAGAACGUUGCCGCCAUGUCAUCCACCGAGCGGAACAUUCUGCUUGCUGCUAAAGCCAGUGCACGCCGACAUCUCCGUAUAAUUACCGUUGAGCCUGAUUUCUACCUGGCCAAGCUGAAAUACGCAAUGGACUUUGUAUGGGCCAAAUGCGCCUUUUCGUUCCUGCUGCUUCUGAAGCUCUCAAGGCUUCUACCUGAGCGGGAUAAAGAACAUCAAGAGCUCCUAGAGCAUGGGAAUCGGCUUGUAGAUGAACUGAGCAAGGCUGGUUCGAAUACAAACCAGUCUAGAGCCGGUAAUAUUUAUCUCCAGAUCCUGAAGGUCAGUAUCGAGAAGUACGGUCGUGCGUUACAAGAGUCCCAGCAGCCCAGCACUGGCGGAUCGACAGCCACAUCGCCAUUCUGGGAAUUAUUCGAUGCGCAGGCCGAUUUACAAUGGUUCGUGCCGGAGCAAUUCGUUUCAGAGUGGGAUUUUCCCGGUCUGAAUCUAUUCUACUUCCCCACUGCAUGGCAGGACUUCUUUGGCGACUUUUCCCUGGCAAUGUGA